GCGGUGCGCCGGAACCCGCGGCGGUGGGGACGGCUUUGCGGGGAGCGGAACGCGGAAGCGGCUUCGCGGCGGAGCGCGGCGUCCCGCCGGGCCGAGCCGAGCCGAGCCGAGCCGAGCCGAGUCCGCGGCGCAGCCAUGUCGUCCGACUUCGAGAGCUACGAGCAGGACUUUGCCGUGUUGACGGCCGACAUCACGGGCAGGAUCGGCCGGGUGCCCAAGCUGCUCGGAGAUGAGAAGAAGCAGAUGGUUGCAAAUAUUGAGAAGCAGCUUGAAGAAGCAAGGGAACUGCUUGAGCAGAUGGAGCUUGAAGUUCGAGAGAUCCCACCUCAAAGUCGGGGAAUGUACAGCAGUCGAAUGAGAAGCUACAAACAAGAAAUGGGAAAACUUGAAGCCGAUUUCAAAAGGUCACGGAUCGCCUACAGUGAUGAGGUGCGGAAUGAGCUCCUAGGGGAUGAUGGGAAUUCCUCAGAGAACCAGAGGGCACAUCUGCUCGAUAACACAGAGAGGCUGGAAAGGUCAUCUCGGAGACUAGAGGCUGGAUACCAAAUAGCAGUGGAAACCGAACACGGUUUUCCCCCAGUCCAACCCAUAGCAGAAGAGGGACGUGUGGUGCUUGCAGAACAUGCUGGAUGUGCACGCGGCACAUCAUGGCCAACACAGAGCUUAUGGUCAUCAAUCAUUUGAUUGUUCUUUAAACACUGUUUUAACAGGCAUUCGUUGUAUAAAUGGAUCAGGUUAUUGACCUUUGCCAGCAAUUGCUUGCUACAUGUCAUCAUGCCUUAAUGAUAUUAUCAAGGAACAUAUUCUGUAUUGUGGAUACUUUAAAGGGCUCAUGCAUUGUCUCUCACUAGGACGCAUGGCUGGCUAAAGUAUCCUGAAUUAGCAAGUUAUUUGAUGUCAUUAUUAAAAUAUGCAGUACAUUUCCAGCUACUUGCAGAGUAGGAGAGUUAAAUGCUUCUCUCAUUUCUACAAAAGCAAAGCCCAGGAAGAAGAGUUAUUUGUCAUAUUGGAAUACUUGGUUUGAGAUCUUGCCUCUUUUCUCCUUCACAAUUUAUUCUACCUAGAAUUGAGCGGUGCUGUCCUCCAGCUGCAACUCCUCCAUUUCUAGGAAUAUUGUAGGUCUAAUAGGCACAAUUAAAUCAUUACAGCAUAUAAUAGAUGGAACUCUAAUGAAAUCAACUAUGUUUUUAAUGAAGAUUAGAGUUUUUAAAUUAGAAUAGAUACAGAUUUCUUUAUUUACUUGUGUGGGGCGGGAAGCUUGCUGACUGUAAUGGCUGAUUCAAUUUAAAUGAGGAAAACUAGCCAGUAUUCUAUAAAUUUUCUCUUCUGGUUAAAAUUUAAGGCUACAGUGACUUUCAAAAUCCAGAAUGAUGAAAUCGAACUGUUCAGCUGAAUAUUCUUACAUCUAUUUAUUAUGUGAAUCUACUGUUGUUUCUGUGGCUCCUUGUGUCACAUUCUUUAACUAAAAGUUGAUUUUCUGUUAAGAGAAAAACAUACAUAUAUCACAAAGUAUACAGUGUUAUGAUCCUGGUUUUUUGUUUGUUGCGUUAAAGUUAGGACUGCAUGUAAACCAGAGAGAAUGUGCAUUCUUAAAAUCUUUAAAAAUAGAAAUUAAUAAAUCUUCAUGGCAUUGCUAGAAAAUAAUUAUGUAGCAUUGCUUUCACUUGGUGGUGGAGAGAGACUCCUAGAAGUGUAGGUAGCCUGCAGAAUAGAUAAGGCCAGAAUACAAAUGUUACCCUCUUGUUGUAUAGUUGGUUGUUUUUUAAUCCUGGGAAUACUGUGGAGAUCUCUUUAUUAAUACCUACUUCACAGUUUUGUGGAGCUUAACUUUUGGAAGGAGAACCACAAUUUUUUACGGUCAGGUCUUUUGCACUGUACGACAGCAACAAUCAAUUCUGGAACACAGAAAGUAUUUCUACUACCCAACAGUAAACUUCAAGGAACAGGCAGCAAAAAGGUGUAGAGCUGGUGCAGGAAAGGAGAAUCGGGACAAAAAACCACAAUUUGAUAGUUUCCUCUAAGUAAAACUCUUCAUAGCAGUCUCCAUUCUUUUUGCCAGGGUUACAUUUGAUUGCUGGCUUUGACAGCUCACUGUUGGCAAUACGUUUCAUAAAUGUCUAAUCCAGCUGGACAGUUCUGUUUUCAUGUUUCCUUCCAUUUAAAGAAAAACAGAGGAAAAAAAAAAGAGGUGGGUAGCUUCCAUGAUAAGAUUUCAAAUAAAA